GCGAUAAGGUGUGUUUUGGAUUUUAGCCUCUUGUGCGAUUGAGUUUGACAUCCCUGAGGUAAAGUCUCAGCGUCUAGGUGAGGGAAAGGAAAAGAGGUUCCUCAUCAUCUCCUUACAACAAGAAAACAAAUGUUGUUUUCUCGUUGUAAGGAGACAGUGGCUCGUUAUGAUGAGAAAACGAUAAAAAAAGGAAGGCAGGUACUUGAAGAAGUUUGUAUUUUUGUAUAUAUAUAUUAAUAUGGACUCAAAAAUUGUGGGGGGAAUUCCCCACCUGCCCCCCUUGGCCCCCAUGUAGCUCCGCCCCUGGUUUUGCACAAUAAUGCAUAGAAAAUCAAAAAUCCUUUUUUUUUUUUUUUACUUAAUUGCAGCGCUUGUCUCAUUCGUGGGUCAGUUCCUCCCGGGGCACUGGAGUGGAUAGGAGGAGGAAGAGGAGGAGGAGGCAGAGCCGUGCGCGCGGACGGUGCACCACUCACUCACUCACUCACCUCUGACUUGAAUUCCAUUUCCACCUUUCCGCCCACAACUUGUCCCGCGCGCGGGCAUGGCUGCGUGUGGCUGCGCCCGGACCCGGUGAGGUGUCACCAGAGAGGAGCGGCGGAACCGCCAGCUGCUGGAGCGCGUUUCUGGCGGCGGGGUGGGGGGGCGUCGAUGAUGUUUGAAUUGGCGUCAACGUGUCGGCAAGUCCACAGCUUUCCGUGCGCUUUUGGAGAGGAGGAACGGACAACCCCCCUCAAGAGGCUGAAACAAGCGCUUAUGCGUAAUUUAGCAGAAAACAGUGAAUGAACACACACCGAUCGAGUCAAACCAGGACUUAUUGAUCAACUGAUUGAUUUCUUUUUGGGGGUUUUCUGCCAUUUUACCCUUGAGGAGGAAUUCAUGCGCCGGUAGCUCAUGAGGCAAAUAUGCCAGAAUGGGUCCUCUACUCUAUUUCUUUCUCUGUGGACUUGUAUGCAUCCGAACCCAAGCGUCUCGUCUUCGUCAGGAAGACUUUCCUCCUCGCAUUGUUGAGCACCCUUCUGACCUCAUCGUCUCCAAAGGGGAACCUGCCACUCUCAACUGUAAAGCGGAAGGCCGUCCGACCCCCUCGGUGGAAUGGUAUAAAGACGGGGAGCGCGUGGAGACGGACCGUGACAACCCCCGCUCCCACCGCAUGCUCCUGCCCAGUGGUUCCCUCUUCUUCUUACGCAUCGUCCACGGACGGCGGAGCAAGCCAGACGAUGGCAACUAUGUGUGUGUGGCCCGAAACUAUAUGGGAGAGGCUGUGAGCCGGAACGCUUCUCUGGAAGUAGCAUUACUGCGUGAUGACUUCAGGCAAAACCCUCAGGAUGUGGUGGUGGCAGUCGGAGAGACGGCUACUUUUGAGUGUCAGCCCCCACGCGGCCACCCUGAACCUGUGACCUUCUGGAGAAAAGAUAAGGCCCGCCUGGACCUCAGCGAUGAUAGGAUCACGGUCCGUGGAGGAAAGCUGACGAUCUCAAACGCCAAGAAAAGUGAUUCAGGAAUUUUUGUGUGUGUGGCCUCCAACAUGGUUGGAGAAAGAGAAAGUGAAAAAGCUCAACUGUCUGUGUUUGAAAGGCCGUCGUUUGUGCAGCGGCCGGUGAACCAGGUGGUUUUGGUGGAUGAGAGUGUGGAGUUCAGGUGUCAGGUCCAUGGUGAUCCUCCACCUGCACUGCGCUGGAAAAAAGAGGAUGUGGAUAUACCUCGUGGCAGGUACGAGAUCAGAUAUGAAAGAGAGGACUUCCUGUUGCGAAUUAAGAAAGCAUCAGUCAGCGAUCAGGGAACGUUCACUUGCUCAGCAGAGAACCGCGUUGGCAAAACAGAAGCUUCUGCCUACUUGACUAUCAGAGCUCGCCCCGUUGAGGCGCCUCAGUUUGUGGUGCGACCGCGGGAUCAGAUUGUUGCUCAAGGACGAACAGCCACCUUUCCCUGUGAGACCAGAGGCAAACCACAGCCCACUGUCUUCUGGCAACGCGAAGGAAGCAAGGAUCUUCUGUUCCCCAAUCAGUCUGCCCAGGGGGACAGCCGUGUGUCUGUGUCUGUGAAUGGCGAGCUGACUAUCUCAUCUGUACAGCGCUCGGAUGCAGGGUACUACAUCUGCCAAGCCCUGACUGUGGCAGGUAGUAUCAUGGCCAAGGCUCAGCUUGAGGUAGCAGACGCUCUGAAGGACCGCCCACCACCCAUCAUUCGACAAGGCCCGUCCAACCAAACUCAGGCGCUAGGAGGUGUGUCCGUCCUCAGAUGUCAAGCUUCAGGGGAUCCAGAACCGACAGUAACCUGGAGAAAAAAUGGAGCAAACCUGCUUGGAAAAGACCCACGCUUUUCCUUACUGGAACACGGCAGUCUUCAGAUCCAAAAUACUCGGCUGUCUGAUGCUGGGUUGUACACCUGUGUUGCUACCAGUUCCAGUGGGGAAACUUCAUGGAGUGCUUACUUGGAUGUGAGAGACUCUAUGGACCCCAUAGACUUUGUAUUCCACAAUUCAACCACCCUCCCUGGGCCCCCCUCGAAGCCAGAGGUCACUAAUGUAACCAAGAGCAGCAUCUCAUUGUCAUGGGAACCAGGGCCAGAGGCGGGCUCCCCUGUGUCCUCCUAUGUCAUCGAGGCUUUCGGCCAAUCAGUGAGUAACAGCUGGCAAACCGUGGCCGACCACGUGAAGACCACGGAGUUCACAGUGAAGGACCUUCGACCCAAAACUGUAUACCUGUUCAUCAUCAGGGCGGUCAAUGCUCAAGGACUGGGCGACCCAAGCCCAGUGUCUGACCCUGUCCGGACCCAAGACAUUAGUCCUACAGUACAGGGGGUGGACCAUCGUCGCGUGCAGAAGGAGCUGGGGGACGUCGUCGUCACCAUGCAUAAUCCUGUAGUUCUCAGCUCCACUUCAGUGCAAGUCACAUGGGCUGUGGAGAAUCCAUCUCAGUUUAUUCAAGGCUACCGUGUGCUUUACCGGCAAACGUCAGGGCUGCCCUCCCCGGGGCCUUGGCAGAUACAAGACCUGAGGGUUGCCUCUGAGAGGGACAUAACUCUCUCUGAUCUAAAGAAAGGCAUCGUCUAUGAGAUUAAAGUACGCCCAUACUUCAACGAGUUCCAGGGUGCAGACAGUGAAUCUAUGACAACACGCACCAUGGAAGAAGCUCCCAGCGCGCCUCCGCAGCAAGUGACAGUGUUGACAGUGGGAAGCCACAACAGCACAUCCAUUAGCGUGUCGUGGGAUCCUCCUCCCCCUGAGCAACAAAACGGCAUCAUCCAGGAAUACAAGAUUUGGUGUCUGGCCAACGAUACCCGCUUUCACGUCAAUAAAUCUGUGGAUGCGACCAUCCGUUCAGUGGUAGUCGGGGGCUUGCAGACUGGGGUGCAUUACAGCGUGGAGGUGGCUGCAAGCACCAGCGCCGGGGUGGGGGCCAGGAGCAAACCCCAGCUCAUCAUUUUGGGUGCAGAACUGAAGGACGUAAUGACCGGAUCGGAGAGCAACAAUAGCAUCUCAGAUGUGGUGAAGCAGCCAGCCUUCAUCGCUGGUCUGGGAGGGGCCUGCUGGAUUGUUCUCAUGGGCUUCAGCGCCUGGCUGUACUGGAGGAGAAAAAAGAGGAAGGGACUAAGCAACUAUGCAGUUCAGUCCUUUACCUUCACUCGAGCAGUUACCUUCCAAAGAGACAGAGGACUGAUCCGAAAUGGAAGCCGUCCGGGGCUGCUGAAAGCGGGCGAUCCGGGCCUCCCAUGGUUGGCCGACUCCUGGCCGUCAACGAGCCUCCCGGCGAACGGCGGCAUGGGGAGUCCGAAGGGCGGCAGCAACUUCGGACGAGGAGAUGUGUUGCCGUCUGCAGCGGUGGAGAAAACGGGCACCAUGCUGUCUGACGGUGCCAUCUACAGCAGUAUUGAUUUCAUGGGGAAAGGAGGCUACAGCAGCCCGGCGCGGGGCAGCCAGCCCACCCCCUACGCCACCACUCAGAUCCUGCAGUCCAACAGUUUCCACGAGCUGGCGGUGGAUAGGCCAGAUGCCCGCUGGAAGGCUUCUCUCCAAGCCCAGCAGGAAAUGGCAAACAUGGGCUACUCACUUACUGACAGGCGCCCCGGUGGUGGCUCAAAGGUUGGGAAGAAAAAGAAAGUUAAGGGCGGAACGAAAACCACCAAAUCAAAUGGGUCAUGCUGGGCCAACAUUCCCCUCCCCCCGCCGCCCAUGCACCCUCUGCCGGGGACAGAGGUGAACCUUGACCGGUACCUCCAGGAAAACCACACAGGAGGAUACGACAACAACAGCUGGGCUCCAUCCAUGUCGGUGCACACCUACCACCACCAGAACUUGGACAGCGAGGAGGACAGGGAGCGAGGUCCCACUCCUCCUUUGAGAGGACGGUCCUCCUCGCCGGCGGGAGCGCCCUUCAGCCCGCCCUCCGCCUCGUCCCUCAGCUCUGCGCACCACGAGGAGAUGCAGUCCAUUCUGCAAGCCCACUUAGACGAGCUGACCAGAGCCUACCAGUACGAGGUGGCCAAGCAGGCGUGGCAUUUAAAGAGCAGCCCCAGUGUGUCCGGCGCUCCGAUCGACUUCAUGUCCAGCACGCUGGGCUCCGAUUUGGGAGCAACUCUCCUGUCUGAAGAGGAUGAGGAGGAGGAAGAAGAGAGAGACGACGACAGAUAUGCUGUUGUGUCAAAGAAUGUGUUUGACUACACUCCUGCUCACAGCAUGGACAGCUUGGAUGGUUCAGGAAAAACCUCCCAGCAGGCUAAGUUAGAUGGUUUCGGUACAGCAGACCGUGCCGGACAGGGCACGCAUAGCCUUGGACACCAGAGGGCACCACUUACAGGCCACAAGCCUCAGACAGACAAGGUUGGAACGCUUCCCAGACGAAGAGACACCAACACAGAUGCCCACACGACAGCCGCGAAGCCCCUGAACUCCAUGGGUUCCCACAUGCACAGCUCGUGGGCGGCCGCGGCCUCAGACCCGUCUGAGGAGUGCAUGGUGACCGUGUCGACACUAGAAAGGCAGCAUAUGGCUUCGUGGAGUGGAACGACAUCCUCCGGCAGGGCCACCAUGAAUAUGGGCUCUCAGAAGAGACCUGGCACAGACUUCUCCCAUAACGGACAUCAUUCCACUAAUGGCACAGAAAAAAGGGAACACUAGUCCGGAUGAAGCAUCAUUACUUGCAGUCUGUCCGUGAACACCCUGUUUAUAAGUGCUAUAAAAAGAUUUUUUUUUCUCCUCCCGAAUGAAUCUGAAAAGGACAUAAAAUGAUGGAAGGCAGAAAUGUUUGGGAAAUGACCUGCUGAGUUGUAAAUAUUAUGUACAGCCACAGAUACCACGGUCACGGUGAUAUUAUUUUCAUCCCCCCCUCUUCAAAAGAGCAAAGUGUAUGUUAUAUGUGCGCUUGUGUUUUCUGUCACAUGGUGUACAGCAGUUCGCACUGUGGAGAAGAAGACAAAAGGACUUGAUGAAAUGAAAAAAACAAAAACAAAAGAAUUGUAAAUACAUUUUACUGUGAUUUUUUUUCUCUUACAUUUGCUUUGCUAUGCAAGCCAAACCCAAGUUGUCUCUUUUGUGAUUUAUGAUUUAUGACUAAAAUCUUUUUUUAAAUGAUUUAUUUAUUGGUUUCUGCUCAAACUGUUAGCUUGUUUUGAUGAAGCUAACCCAUUGUUGUAUUUUGCACAGAGCAUUUUUGGUGAACAUAAGCACAAACUCAUCGUCAGCCGAGCUGAGAAGGAGAACUAUACUGGCGAAUAUGAACAUUUAUGUGAAACAGAGCAGAAUCGGAAGAUCAUGUAGAUAUUUGGCUGUGAUAGAUUUGUUUGGGAAGCACUGAUGCUACGUACACACCGGGCAUGCGAUACAAAGAAUGUGUUGAACACGUUGAACAAGCUUGGUGCGAAAUCUCGAAAUCUUGCAGCAGGGUUUAUCUUUCACAGAUUAUUAAUUCUUUCUUCGUGAUCAAUUCUCAAACAGAUGAAGUACUGAAAGGGAGGCCAUUCAUAUAUCACUUAUAAAUCCAAGUCUCUGAUUGGUUAAAGUUCAACCGGUUUAACUUUAAAUGCGUGUUUAAUGGUCACAUAAAUGUACGUAGAGCCUGAAAAUGGUCUUAGAAACUUGCGUAGCUAUACGUGAACCAAGUGGUCACUUGAACACACAUUUCCAAGCCUGGUGUGAACAUAGCAUAAGAAGACAAAUAAAGUAGAAGAGAGGAAAAAGCCCGCAACUGCUAUGCCAAAUAAUUACUAACAAUCUUUCAAGUGUUUUCCUAUAAAUUCUACUAUAAAUUUAACUAACAAAGAUUAUCAGCAAAUUAUAACCAAAACGUGUUUUAUAGCAACAAAGACACAGUCAUUUCGACACACAAAGCUAAGGCAUAUAUCGUAGCUACUUCUCUGAAGACUACCCCAAUAGAUAACAUUGUUGUGUUGCUGCUUACAUUCACUGACAUGAUGGUGCAAUAUUCAGAAAGCAAUGUAACAGUAAAAUUAAAAUCAGUGACUCACAGGCCCAGAAUGUCCCUGAAGGGACAGAAACAAGCUGCAUUCAAGAGGCCUGCAGACAAACAGGAGGAGUUCAAGUGACACUGAACAUAAUUGAGAUUAUACCAUGCAAAUAGGCUGCAACAUAGCUGUAUAUUUAUAAAUGUGCACUGUCAUGUUGUAAACAUGUCAAGCAUUGACUUGCAAUCAACUCUGAAUAUUAUUAUUUUUAUCCAUAAGCUGGUUUUCUGCCUGCGUGACCCAGAAUGCAACGUUUUUUCACACCUGUUUGGGUGUUUAUGGUCAGUUUUUUUCACCUUUUUGGGUCAUCUUUACUAACCAGAUUGGUUUUGCCCUCGGGAAUACACAGCCACACAAAGUAUUGGAAGGGCUUUCUGAAAUCCUGUGAUGCAAAAUAAAACGUAUGUUUGAAACAAAGUGGAUUCCUAAUCACAAGCCUGAAAUGAUCUUUGAAUUUCCACACAUCUGCUGUUUUUGGAGUCACUGGCAUUUAGAUCGGAAUCUGUAAACAUCUACAAUCACUUAAAACUGUUUUCAGAUGUGAAAUUUACUUGAAGUUCUAUUGAUUUUGCUUUCUUUUUCUGUUGUUUUGCUGCCUCUUUUGUUUCCAUGGAGAAAGUGCAUAUUGUCAUUUGUAGUGAAAUCUUUUUUUUUUUACAGUAGAUAUGUUCACCAAUUGUUAGGGCAUGCUUUAAAUUUCAUCUGACACAUGCAAAUAUGCACAUAUUGUGUUCUGAAAUAUAUACUGGUUUCUAAAAAAAAACAUGUUUCGUCUAGUCAUCUUUUUACCUUUGCAAAAAGGUGAAAAAUCUGUUUUAUAUCACUGCAAAAAAAAAUCUUAUGUUUUUUGUCUAGUUUCUUUGGGACUUGAUAUGUAUGAUACACGACAAAACUAACUUACUAGAACCUUUUUAUGUCUUUUUGAGUCAUUUCCUCUUAAAAACUUCUUAUUUCUGAGUCAAAUCUCUAAUGAAACUAGUUUUUGAGAAUUUUUUACAUAAUUUCAAAAAUGUAUCUUAAAAUAUAUUUUUCUAAAUUGGUCUAUAAAUCAGGAUAGUUGGAAUGUUGUAGUGCUUUGAACAUACUUUUUUUCUCAAGAGGACCUAGCUGCAGACAACAAGAUGGCGGCUAAACAUCAUUAGCUUGAACAGGAAGUCCUUCAUUAGCUGGAACAGGAAGGUCUCGACCGGAACCGGAAUUUAAAAAAAAAAAAAAAAAAAAAAAAA